AGCUUGUCCUCCUGCUUCCUCGCUUGACUCUUUUUUGCAUUGCACUCCAGAUGCACUCCCGAUCCCGGGGGGAGGGAGGGGGAGAGAGGGAGGAGCGGGUCUGGCCGGAGAGAGCAUAGGAUGCUGCUGCGGGAACAGUGGGAAGGGCAGCGCCAGCGCCAUGCUGCCUUUGUGCAAAGUUGGCGGGCUGCUCUCUUGCAUUGCGGCUCCUCCUCUGUAAGGAGCAGCGGUGGGGACUCAGCAGCCUCUGCUGCUGCUGCUGCUGCCGCCGCCGCCGCCAUUCAGCCGUGAAGGCUGCGAGGCAUCUAUCCCUCCCGGUCUCUGGUAAAUGGAUGCUGACAUGGACUACGAAAGACCAAACGUUGAAACCAUCAAGUGUGUGGUUGUUGGCGAUAACGCAGUGGGGAAGACGCGCUUAAUCUGUGCCAGAGCAUGUAAUACCACCCUGACCCAAUAUCAGCUGCUGGCAACUCAUGUACCUACUGUCUGGGCGAUUGAUCAAUAUCGGGUCUGCCAAGAGGUUCUCGAACGUUCUCGCGAUGUAGUUGAUGAAGUGAGUGUUUCUCUCAGGCUCUGGGACACAUUUGGAGAUCACCACAAAGAUAGACGCUUUGCUUAUGGAAGGUCCGAUGUUGUUGUCCUGUGUUUUUCCAUUGCAAAUCCUAACUCCCUAAAUCAUGUGAAAACCAUGUGGUGUCAAGAAAUCAAGCACUUCUGUCCCCGCACACCAGUUAUUUUGGUUGGCUGCCAACUGGAUCUUCGAUAUGCUGAUCUGGAAGCUGUAAACAGAGCCAGAAGGCCAUUGGCAAGGCCAAUCAAAAGGGGAGACAUCUUGCCACCAGAAAGAGGCAGAGAGGUUGCCAAGGAGCUUGGGAUACCAUACUAUGAAACUAGUGUAUUUGAUCAGUUUGGCAUCAAGGAUGUUUUUGAUAAUGCAAUUAGAGCUGCACUGAUCUCCAGGAGACACCUGCAGUUCUGGAAAUCACAUUUGAAGAAAGUCCAGAAACCUUUAUUGCAAGCUCCAUUUCUACCUCCAAAGGCACCUCCUCCAGUUAUCAAAAUCCCAGAGUGUCCUGUCACCAGUAUCAAUGAAGCCGGGUACUUAUUGGAUAAUCCAUUAUGUGCAGAUGUCAUGUUUAUCCUUCAGGAAUAUACUCAAAUUUUUGCUCACAAGAUCUACCUAGCUACCUCCUCUUCCAAGUUUUAUGACCUUUUUUUAAUAGAAUGUGAAGAAACCCCAGACUUACCUGAAACACUUUGUACUAACGAAAAGACCAGUAAAAACCUUAUGGCCAGAGUGUGCAGCCAUGAAACAGAUGACACGGAUGAGGUGGCAACCUUAAAAACAUCUAAUGUCAAACUCACGUCAUCGUCAUCAUCAUCAUCAGAUGAAAGUAACCCUGUAACAGACAUUGAAGCAGGGGAAGCUGACUUCCUGAAGCGAGCUCUGACCUCUUGGGGCAAAGGGUUUGUCAGCAUGCAUAAGGAAAUGCAAGUCAACCCUGUUUCCAAAAGGAUGUGUGCUGUGACGGUAGUCAAAAUGGAUGCUUCUGUUCAACCUGGGCCUUUUAAAACUGUUUUGCAGUUUUUGUACACAGGCCAGCUGGAUGAAAAUGAAAAAGAUCUCACCAGGGUAGCUCAGAUUGCUGAGAUCCUGGAAGUAUUUGACUUGCGAAUGAUGGUUGAAAACAUCACAAAUAAGGAAGCCUUCAUGAACCAGGAAAUUACAAAGGCUUUCCAUGUCAGAAAAGCAAACAGGAUAAAAGAAUGUCUCUGCAAAGAGACAUUUUCUGAUGUGACAUUUAAGUUGGAGGAUGGAAACAUAAAUGCUCAUAAGCCACUACUGAUCUGUAGCUGUGAAUGGAUGUCUGCAAUGUUUGGAGGAUCAUUUGUUGAAAGCUCAAACAGUGAGGUUGUUCUUCCCAACAUCAACAAGACUUCCAUGCAAGUUGUUCUGGAUUAUUUGUACACCAAGCAGCUCUCAUCCAGUCAGGGGUUGGACACACUUGAAUUAAUUGCACUGGCAAACAGAUUUUGCCUCCCACACUUGGUUGCACUAGCAGAGCAACAUGCUGUGCAGGAGCUUACCAAAGCUGCAGUGAGUGGUGUUAGCAUAGAUGGAGAAGUUCUGUACUAUUUGGAAAUAGCUCAGUUCCACAAUGCUAACCAGCUGGCCGCUUGGUGCUUGCACUAUAUCUGCACCAACUACAACAGUGUUUGUUCCAAGUUCCGCAAGGAAAUCAAAACUAAAUCUCCUGAUAAUCAGGAAUAUUUUGAGAGACACCGUUGGCCUCCUGUAUGGUACCUUAAAGAAGAAGAUCAUUUCCAGCGUGUUAAGAAGGAGAGAGAAAAGGAGGACAUUGCACUGAAUAAACAUCAUUCAAAACGGAAGUGGUGCUUCUGGAAUUCCUCCACAGUAGUUGUCUGAGAAAAAAUGGGACCAACUUAUCAAGAGCAUGUCAUGAAAAACACUGCUUUAAAAUAAGUUUUAUCAUUAGCAAGAGACAUGCAAUCCACUGAGAACUGUUUUGUGCCAAGUGCUAUUGAAAUACAGUAAAGGGGAGUCACACAAGCACUACUCUUUAGUAGCUCCCAUUUCUUCUAUGGAGCUUGCACAGAAGUUCCCAGUGGAUUGUGCAGAAGAGUUUUAUGGCACUGGUUUUUAUUCCACCUGUGUGCAUUUAUCAGCCCUAGGGUCAAUAAGCACAAGCUGACCGGAAGUGAGUGUAAAACAACUCCUUAAAAUUUAAAUUGUAUUUUUUGGUUAAUAAGCUGAAAUGCUAUAUAAAGCAGUAUCACAUGUCCCCUUUUUAUAUACAAAACAAAAACAAAUCCAGCAUUAAUGUUUCAGUCUUCGAAGUAGGAAAGUAUUUUUAUACAGAGAGGGCUGUGUGUGUGUGUGAGAGAGAGAGAGAGAGAGAGAGUGAAGGUCAUUAAACAAUGUUUCUGAAUCCUUUUAUUUUACAGACCACAAACUAAUCAUUCAAGUCUUUAAUUUAGAUAAUCCAUGUAUACCCCCCGCUCCCACAAAUACAGUGAAAUACGAACAUUGUCUUUAAUGAGCCUCCCCGGUAGAAACUGCCAGCCUAGGAACAAACCAAUUUUUGCUAGGCAACUGAUUUUUCUUCUUCUUCCCAAGUACUAUGUAUUCAUAACUAUUAGAUCUUUUUCCCUUCUUUCUGAAGUAAUGGGAUAUAACAAGAUCCAAUAACGAUAAAGUUACACAGAAUGUAAAUCUCUGUUCAGCUGAAGAAUAUGAAGUGUUAUUUACCUCUUCAGCUCCAGCAAUUUGCCAUAUAAGGGCAGAAUGCAAUCGCCAUGUGAAACCUCAUAGCUCCCUUUUAUGUGUUCCAUGGCUUCAAAUGUCUGCUUUCAGGAGGAUCAUUUUAAAAUAAUUAGAAGACCUUAUUAAGCUAAUGUCUUUAUUCACUGAAAGUUUCUUAAGGACCUACAUCCCAAAAGCAGUAGCACUAGUUCAUUAUUUGGAUUAUUUCUUUAGAGUUGUCUAUACCUAAUCUUUUAGAAAAUGUCUCCUGAAUAUUGAAAACAAUUUGCUUCAUUGUAUAUAGCCACACGUUAAGGGCUCCAUAACUCUUGAUCCCUUCCCCUUUUGUCAUUGUACUAACAAAGAACCAUCGUCCUUUUGUGUUGUAUCAUCAUUCUAGUCCAGAUAAUUUCCUACUUUUAAAACAGACAAAUGUGCUUUCCCAUGUAAGCAUUCCACAUGCAUCUCAUCACAUAUAGAUGUACUUGCCACAUGAGUUGGUCUGUUUGUCUGUAGAAUUAACAUGCCAGUGAUCUGUGCCUCAGGUGGGCUUGUUGAAUCUACAUGUGACCAGGCUAACUUGCAUGGUGAAUGCAUUUUUACAUGACCAAUUAUGCAUGGAAUAUUUACCUGGGUAAGCACUUUUCUUGCGGCUGCUGUCAUGUCUGCUUCAGCUCUUAGAUCUUUCCAAGUAAGAUAUUAAGUAUUUGUUGUCUAUAAUAUACUGAAAAACAUAUCCACCCCCCAUCCCAAUUUUUUGCAAAUUCCUCCUUUGUGUCAAAGGUGCAUAAUCAGCCUUCCUCCCGCUUCAUAAUCUCCUGCAUUAUAUCACCUCUCUAUACCUUAGCAGUAAACAAGAUGCUUUCCAGAUAAUAGUGGUAGUAUGGAAUAGGGAUAGUAAAGUAGUCUUGGAGAAACCUGGGUUCAGAUCCCCAUUCAGAUGUGAAACUUUCUUCUGUGGCCAGUCAUUGGCUCUCAACAACCUUAUGAGGAAGUUAGGCUAAGAUAAAAUGCUAAAAGUCCCUCCCCCAUGUGUGCACUCUGAACUCCAUAGAGGAAGGGCUGGAUGAGACUAAAUGAGACCUUUUAAAGAGAACUAGUAUCAAAUCCUCUUAAUAUCUACCUGAGGGAACAAGUUGCAAUUCAUAACCUAGAAUUGCUCUCUCAUUCCCCCCACCACUUCCUAGAUGGAACAUACUGUUCUGGUUGCCUGCCCCCACCCUCAUUUUCUCACCAGUUUUGUUUUGCAGACUAUAUAAUUUCUGGCUGAUCACUUUCGUUUCUGUUGGCCCCACCAGAGAUGGAGCUAGUGUUCUGCAAUAUCACAUAGCAUUUUCAUUGUUCAUGGGUGAAAGCUGAGCUAGAUGUUACUUUAUCCAUGCCCCAGUCACUUUCUUAUGGUAAAUUUCUACCCUCAUGCUGUAACUAACAUCUACAACAUUUAUUAUGUAACAUAGUAUCAUCAUGUUGUGAGCGUCUCUUUCUGCUAUGGUCAUGAUGAGAGUGUGCAUGAAUCAGUGUUUGCAAUUCAAUUCAAGCUCAGAUUGCAUCACAAACACUCAAAUUGCUUUGAAAACAGCCAGCUUUGCCAGCUGCUUCAAAGAAUCAAAGGUGGCAUGUUCAACUAAUUUGAGCACUAUUUUUAGGCCCAUUUUUCCAGGGAGAGCUGGGAAAACAGGCCUCAAAAUGGUGCUGUAUUUCCAGGGACAGCUGUUCUACCAAUUGAGGUCAGUGGGUAGACCCGAGACCUUCUCUCCAUACUUGGUGCAUCUGCCCACCUCGAAGG